GACCCAGCGAGCUUCCUUCCGGCACCCAUAGAUGGCGACAGGCGUGACUUGUUAUUUGAAUUUUAGGCACCAGCGACGGAUGUUAUGUUGGUGUUUACAAUGUUCUAACCCUACCAUGCGCGUUAUGUUUCUCUCGGAACUGCUCGGAACUACAAAAUGCCACGAAAAUGUAAUGUACCAAAUUGUUCAUCAAGUUCCUACAGACAACCAGACAUGUGUUUUGUGGGUUUCCCAACAAAGCCUGAUGUGAGAGAAAAGUGGCUCCAAGCAAUAGGCCGUGAGUCGUGGAUUCCAAAGCCUCACCAUAGAAUUUGUCAGCUUCACUUCAAAGAUUGUGACUGGCUUGAUAAGACUAGUCGUGCAAAACGUCUGAAGUCAUCUGCAGUCCCAAGCUUAUUCUGCAGCAUGGAUGAGUGUUUCGAUGGCUAUGAGGUCUCUCAUUUUGAUGGUAUUGUGCUUAUCAGUCCAUCUCCUCACAACUUUAUCACUCACUCUCCAUUGUGUCCCAUUUCAAGACCACAAGAUCUCCAUACUACUCCAGUUAAGUUGAGCCCCUUUGAUAAACCAGUUUCAGUUCUUACAAACAGGUGAACAACUACUGAAGAGUUAUGAGGAACACUCAGGCCUAACUUUCUCGUGUGCCUAGAUAUUCAAUUAUUCCUAGUUUCCUAGGGUUAUUUAUGAUGAAACCAAUGAUCCUCUGUUGCUCUGCUUUAUCAAUUCUAGUCCAACUUCGUCAGAGUUCAGUCUUUGGGUGACAUAGAAAUAUGUUGAUGUGAGUUAACUCCUAUCCCUAGUAGAACAGGAGUGUGACAAAGUUUAUCUACUUUGUCAAGGUUUUGACUUUACAUUGAACAGACGCUCUCGUGAUUAUCACUUCAUGGCACCAGUGUUGUAGAGCUGUUUCUGCAGGAGAGGCAGUACUGAAUACAAUGAGCAUGUGUGAAAAUCCAGCUGUACUUGAGGAUGCUUUAUUUUCGUCUGGUUUGACAGUUUUUUGUAUGAAAUAUUAACAACCGAAUGACACAUGUUUAUGGACAAAUACAUUUACACUUUUUUUUUUAAUUUUAAGAACUUCUAUACAUACAUGAUGUAAAUUCACUAAUGUACAUGAAAAAAAGAAGAAAUACUCCGCUUUCCUCUCUAUAUACAUUCUUGUUCAAUAACACAAUAAAUAUAAUGAAUGUAUAUUGUUACAAAAUGCUUUCUGUAGUUAGCAAGAGGCUUGAACCACAAACUAAGCAUAUAUUUAAAAAGUAAUUUAAAGCUUUAAAAUCUAUGGGAGUUUAUGGCAUAAUUAACAUGUGUGAAUUAAUCUAAAUAUCACCUCUGUGCCCGAGAAUGAGCUGAGAGAAUAUGGCUUCAAUACUCUCAGUUCUAUUGUUGGACAGUAAUAGAAUUAACAAGGACGGUGCACGCAACUGUUUAAAAAACUAAUUCAGAACACGAGUGCCAUGAAAUUUAGACUGAGCAUAUAUGUACUAUGGAACUCAUUGAUAGGAAAUCUUUAAAAGAAAAUUAUCACUAAAGAUUUGUGUGCAUAGAAAAUACUGGCAAGACGCAAGUAACAGAAAUUUCUUUUGGUGAUAUGAAGAUACAGGAGGGAAGAUCAAUCUCACCCAAACAGACUUUCUUCUGAUCAGACUUUCUACCUUCUAGGUAAUAAUAUGUGGAUCUUGGACACAAUCAGUUCUUUAACUUUGUUGCAGAAUAAAUAACAUAACUCAG